AUGUUGACUCAACGUGGGAUUUUUAGAAAUGGACGAGCCGCUUUCAGCAUGCUUUUCUUUGCAAAAAAAUAUGAAUUCAACAGAUCAAUAGUCAACACGGCGGAGUUGGUAAUUGGAGGCGAAGUAUUAUGCAUGGAUCCGUUUGUGAGUUUUUCAAAUAUUCUUUUAUUCUUUUAUGAUAUUUUUUACAGGUGUUGGCGGGCAUUUCGAAUGGUUGGAGAGACGAGAUUUCCAACAAUCUGAAUUUCUCACGAAACAUUGCCGGAUUUGAGCCCCAUGAAGUAAUGUUGUUUUUAAAAUUUGCGAGCGCUUAUGGAAAUGUGAAGGGUUAGUGUUCUAAUUAUACUGAAUUUUAUGAAAAUUAUUUUUCAGCUCAGUCAAUUGACAUUCAAAAAAUCAGUGAUUUUGCGCGAUUGAUACAAUCCUCUUCACUUCUUCAUAAAAUUGAAACUUCAAUAUUUCAAUCUAAUGUAAAACUCGCGAAGAAGUUCGUUUUUAUCAGUCAAUUGGGAGGUGAAUCAGCAUACGUAAGUUAUUGUUUAACGUUUCAGCGUAACAAACCAAAUGAAUUACAGACAAUGCCAAGAACAACACAAAAGUUUCGAUCACAUUUGGAAAAUAUGAAAGCAAUAAAUCACAUUCGCUGGUGA